UGAGUGCUUUUUAGCCUCUGAAAAUACCAGACAUUUGGGGGUUUGAAAGAGUACUAGACUAUUUUCCUCACAAACAAACAAUGGCUGUGGAUGUAGCAAUGCAGCUAUACCUAUGUUCUUCACCCCUGCGAAGAGAGAGGCGUGCCUGCAAAAUUGCUCCAAAGCCAAGCAAGCCAUUGCGACCCUGCAUCCAGCUAAGUAGCAAGACAGAGGUGAGUGGACCAGAAGAGGCAGCAAACUCCUUCACACACAACAAGGUGAAGAAGAGAGUGUCGUUUGCAGAUAGCAGAGGCCUUGCUCUGACAAUGGUGAAGGUGUUCUCAGAAUUCGACGAUCCACUUGAUAUUCCAUUAAACAUCACCGAGCUGAUAGACAACCUUGUGGGCCUGACAACAGUGGAGAGGGACAGCUUUGUCCUGGAUUUCAUUCAGCCCUCUGCAGACUAUCUGGACUUCAGAAACCGUCUCCAGGUAGACUGUGUCUGUCUUGAAAACUGCAUGCUAAAGGAUCGAUCCAUUGUGGGAACAGUGAAGGUGAAGAACCUUGCCUUUGAAAAGACCGUGAAGGUCAGGAUGACAUUUGACACCUGGAAAAGCUUUGUAGAUUACCCAUGCCAGUAUGUCAAGGAUACAUAUGGAGGGUUGGAUCGGGACACAUUCUCCUUUGACAUCAGCUUGCCUGAGGGGAUUCAAUCCCAUGAAAAAGUUGAGUUUGCCAUCUCGUUUGAGUGCAGUGGGAAGGUGUACUGGGACAGCAACAGGGGCACAAAUUACCGAAUCAUACGAUCAGAACUGAAGUCUGCCCAGGAAGCUGUCUGUCCUCCACAGGGGCCCGACUUUGGCAGUGCCUUUGACCAGUUUGGAAGUCCUCGGUGUUCCUAUGGCCUCUUUGCUGAGUGGCCCAGCUAUUCAGGCUAUGAAAAGCUAGGGCCUUACUACUGACCCAAGGACAAAGUCCUGAUUGACUAACUGUUGUUGGCGUGUCCACAGGCCUGGGAGCAGGUCUGAGUGAGAGGUACAGAAUGGUGGAAGAAGUAUGGCUCUGUAUAGCUCUGCAUAAGCCUCCCAGCAAAACCAGAUGUGUGGCCAUCUGCUGGCAGCGGGCUUACAGUCAGAGAAUCAUCUCUGGCACAAAGGGUCUGGUCCAAUUCAGAUAAUUGGCUUUCUACAUGCUCAAAGGACCAGGAGCUCAUGUCUCAGUGCUGCUACUCCUUCCUCUUCUAUACAGCUGCUAGUCUCCAGGGAAACACUGCAAUGUUCCUAUCUGUCUAAGCUAUGUAGUGGUGGCUGCUUUGUAUUGCUUGCCUGGUGUUAAAAGUUUUUUCAGAAUGUGUUCUAACAUUAGAUUUCUAGUGGGCUGUACUUCAGCUGCAGGAGUCUCCUUGCAAAGCUGGCUCAUGCCUGGUGUGAAAUGGAAUGGUUGGCUUGUGGGGGAUGGAGUCUUCUCCUAGCAUGUGUCUUUGUACUGUGAGGUCCUUCCUACUGGAAGCUGAAAGGGUGUUUUGUAAAUGAAGAUGGAACUGUGGUGACAGGACAUGUGGCCCUACAGCCUUCCAUAUUAGGAGACGUAUGUGUCUGUGGGAGAGGAUCUGAUAUGCUUAGUCACCAGUUGUUUUAUCAGCUGAUCUUGAAAAAACUCACUAUACCCUUCGUGUUACCAAAAAUAGAGAUAGUUGUAGCUGUGUGGUGCUUGUAACACAGCUGUGGGUUGACAGCUUUGUCUGCUGCCUUCAAAACCUUUCUUUAACUACAAAUGAUUGAUGCCUUUUCCCCAAAUCCAAAAUCAAGUGUUGGCCAUGCUGGGCUCUGAGAAUGCAGUUCUUCCUCCUGUGGGCUGUAACACAGGGUUUUAUCCAGCUGAGGCUCCAAGUUCUGUCUAGGAGGUCAUGCUAAGGUGUUACAGGAGCAAAUGGUUCCUCUAUGCUGUGUCCUGUUCUAAGAAGGUGACUGUUCUGUAUCUACUGUGGUAGAAGUGCCUUGAAAGGGCAGUAUGUGCAAUCCCAGCAAUGCUUUGGGAUAAGCAGACUUUGGAAAUGGAGUUUCUUCUAGAAAGAUCUAAUGGUUUGUUACUCUGUGCCAUGGACUGCUUGGCAGCUAGUGGCAUGCCACUGAUUGUUUGAGAAUGUUGUUGUUAUACUGGAGGAACAUCAAUGUGCUGAGCUGCUCCUGCUGUUGUAGCAGUAGCUGCCAUUUCAGUCUGAAAAUGCCCAAACUUCACAUCUCUGCUCAUAAAAGGUGACUUGUUCCACCUGUGCAAGGAACUAGCUGUGAGGAGUAAGAGGUGGGAUUUUCCUGACAUCACCCCUGAAUGUGAAAUCCAAUCACUGAUGUGUGCCAUCCGUGUCUUCAGAGAAGGCUUGUCUUCUAGGUGUGCACUGAGGUAGCCAGCUUGUGCAGUGCCAAACAGCCUCACAAAGCUCUGUGCAUGCUGGUCAAGCAGAGUAACUUUAUCCUUCAUCUUAAAGACAAGAGUACUUAAUAGUUUGUAGAAAUAGAGAUCAAGGGAAUCUUACUUUUUCUAGUGCAAAAGCUUUAUAUUGUUUUUGGGUGCCUAUAACAGACUAUGGUUUGGCUGGAAAGAAGCAAUGGGCUAGACUAGGUAACUUUUUAAAUCUAGCUUUUAACUCUGGAGGCUACUGUAUAAAAUAAUUACAAGCUGUUUAACCCUAACAUAGAAGGUGUAUUGUGACCACCAUUGGAUGCCAGAAGGGACAAGAAGAGCUUGUGGAAAGAAUAGCUAGCCUUCAACUGCUGCUUUUUCAAAACCCAACACCGAUGUUUGUCAUCACUGAUCACUUAAACCACAUGGUAAAGCUGCUUGCUGGCCCAGAGGCCAUUUGGAUUGGUUCCUCUGUUGCAGCAGCUUCCCAAGUCAACCCUUUAAGCCUGCAUCUUGUCUCUUUUGAAGGGACUGUUGUCUAGCUAGGCUUGAACUGGGUUUUUUAAACUUAAAGCAAGUCUGAGUUACACUUUUUUUAGUGUGUGGUGUUAAUGCUGUUAAGACACUGACUGUAGAAAAGUCAUGUUCUCCUGGCAUGCUGUAAUGCCUAUGGAGAGCUAUUUGUGGGCUGAAACAAGGCAUGUGUCUAGGAUGCUGUGGAUCAUGGUCUUUCCUUAAGGGCCUGUUCAUUUUCAGGCUGUGGAUGGGGUAUGCUUAGGGAGGGAUACAGAUGAUGAGCAAGAAGAGCAAUGCCCUAAGUAAAAGCUAGGCUGGGAACUGACUGACCAAUAGUGGUUUAAAAAUACUUGUGGCCUUUCCCCUUUCCCCUUGUUUCCAUUUUCCAAUGUGAACAUUGAAGCGAGGGGUUGCUCUCCUCACUCUGUGCCUGGAAGUGCCUUGUGGGGUGUUCUGCAUGUUUGUUUUUAAAAGAUAUUUUUGUACACAACGUUCAAGUGGAAAAUGCACUUUAUAAUUGCCAUGUAAUGACUCUUUUAAAAAACUAUGGUUCUCUUUUUAUCUGAUUGUGAAAAUAAAGGUGGAAUAAUGUUG